GACCCUCAAAAACCCAAACAAAACAAAAGCCACUCUUCCGAUAAAAAUAAAAGAGGAACGCGACUUCGCGAUGCGAUGCAGAGGGAGCGCAUCGAUCGCUCCUGCUUAAUAUCCAUCCCUUCACGUGUGUGUGUGCCCUUCGCCUUUUUCAUUUCUAUUUUUUUUUGUUGCCAGGGAUGGCGCGUCUCUUGAAUCGAAUGGCCGCAGGUCGACCUCGGACCGCUCGCAUGUUCACGGCGGAAGCGGCCGAAGAUGUAGCGGAAAUCCCGAGCACCACGACCACCGCUGCUGCUGCUGCGGCGACUCCGUCAACCUCCACCAACACAGCGGAGACGACGCAAAAGCGUUACGAGGUGUGCAGACCUCGGACAGUUCCGUUGACGCCGAGACGCAUCUUCGUCAGCGAGAAUCAUCUGACCCAGGACACGACUAUAAUGCGCUACCUUCAGCCCAGUUCGAUGCCGGAGUUCUUCAGACUUCCCACCGACUUCAAAGCCAUCGAAGCCCACUACAAACGAAACCAAUGAUGAUCUUCUAUCCAAUUUCUUAAAAUUAACAA